AUGUUCGUUCUUGUCGGUGUGAGGGAUACCGUCCCUGUGGCUCCAAAGACUUUUGACAUACCACCUGCAACAACGAUUCAAGACUCCUUGAACAAAAAAUAUGCAAAUAAGCUUGUACCCGACAAAGGUUUAGCUUUAUCUGUGUUCGAUAUCCUUACGGCGGAAGAUGGGAAGGUUACGUGGGGAAAUGGAUUGAUGUAUUAUAAAGUCUCAUUCCGAUUAAUGCUUUUCGCACCUUUUGUUGGCGAAGUCAUUGUGGGUAAAGUGCUUUCAACAGAAAAAUCAUAUAUUCGAGUGAGCUUGGGAUUCUUUCAAGAUAUAUAUAUAGUCCCUUCGCUUCUUCCCCCUAAUUCAGCAUACGAUCCAUCACAAAAGAAGUUCUACUGGGUAUCACCGGACGAUGAUGGGACGCUACUCACUCCUGAACAACUAGCAAAUAGUGUAAUCACCGAUCGACUGUAUAUUGAUGAAGGCGAACCUAUACGGUUCAGAGUAGAUUCAAUAGAAUGGCAAGAUGUACGACCUACACCUCAAAGUGUUUUGGAACAAGAAAAUAACGAUGAUGUACCGGUAAAAUCAUCUUUUGAUAAAGCUGGAUACAGGAUUUUAGCUACUAUCGCUGAAUCAGGAUUAGGAGUUACUUCGUGGUGGUCUACAGGUGCAGAUCCUGAUGAGGAUCAAGAAGAAACACAAGAAGGAAUAUAUCAAGAUGAUAUAUAUCAAGAGGAAGGGAAAGAGGAAUACGUAUAA